GAGCCGCCCUCAGACCGCAGGAGCCAGCAUCCAUAUACACCGCCGGCGCCUCGCCCCUCGCGGCCGUGCGGAGCGUGCGCGAACUCCGCCCCCCUUAACCUCGCCGGGCGAGACCGACCAUCCCAUAGUACAGAUGCGUAGACUGAAGCGAGGGAGCACGCGCCGUUAGCCCAGAGUCGGGCCCAGCGCGGAUGGGGCCCGUGACGCGCUCUGGUUCUUCUGCCUCGGCCUCCCUCCCACGGGCCUGCGGACAUGCCCAACUCUGCGCACCUUAACCUGCCGGAAUCUCGGGCACUCCUGCUCCAACCCCGACCCGGUCUCUGGCUCCGCAUGGCUAAAAUGGAGGCGUCCCAUUAUGAGCCCGGCGAUGCUCUGGGAUGGGGAAUACCGCGGUAUGCCUUCUCACCUGAGACGUGGCUUCACCCUGAUCCAGGUGUGUCCAGAUCACUCUAUUUGGUCUGGAGUCCUGAAGAGUCAUCAGCAUUCAAGCAUAUUUAAAUCCUCGCGACCAGGUGAGGUCUUAUUGGGAGAGCAUCUAUAGAGAAAAGAGAAACUGGUCCACAAGCAGGAAGUUAAGAAGUCCUGAUUCUGGAAAGUGACUUAAAGAGGAAAAGCUACCAACAGGAGACUGAGAGAGAGCACCCAGUAAGGUCAUAUUCUGGGUUUUCCUGGACACAAGAACAAAGAAUGAGACAGCAAAGCAAAUCUCACUGGCUUCUCAAAGUGCCCAGUGGUUCAGGUCUUGAGCCUGAGGGAAAUAAGUUUGGAAAAAGGGCCAGGUAUGUAUGACCCCUGAACCGUUUACAAUUCAAACACAUAUUGCAACAGCCCUGUUUGAGGUGGCAACAGGGCCAUUUAUUUGCCUGUUUUCCCCAUAAUACAAGGCUUUUCUGCAUCCCACCCUUCCUGGAGGGGGCAUCGCCCUAAGAGACCUGGACUUAGAAUAUCUGGGACUCAGGUCCUCAACACAAAGCUCAGCAGAGAGGGUGUCUUUCAGCUGUGUGAGAAUGAGGCAGGCCUCCAGAGACAAGGGGUCCACCCACCCAGCAGAGGCCAGGAGACCACUUGGUGGAUGUAUUCUCCAGUGGGCACUGGCCUAGGUGGAGACUGCUUGUUCUGGGAUUAGCUGAAGCCCCUUCCAACUUGAGGAUCUGUGAUUUGACAACACAGCAUUCACUGAAUCCUACUUUGUUUUGAGUCAGGGACAGAAAAGUAUCCUCCCAACACACCCCCGUGGACGAAGUGCCUACUGUGUGCCAAACACUGGACUUCCCGUGCGUGAUCUCACAUACUGUCACAACAGGCCAGUGAGGAGAGAGUCAUCACCCCAUCUGAGAGAGGGGAAACAAGCCAGGGCAGAAAAGGAUGUCUUCUCUCUGCCUCCCAGCCUCGGGCUUCCCCUGUAGAAUGGAGUGAUUGAUGGAGAAUCCCACGGCAUUGCCUUUUCCUGUAGCAUCUGUACCCGAUAAAGAAAGGUUCCUAAUGGUGGGCUCCAGGCUCCAGGUGGUACCUGGUAGCUGUGGUGAGAGGAGUCCAAGAGCCAAGAAGUUCAGUGUCCUCCAUCUCUUUGGACUGGUGGGGGCCGAGCUGGAGGUCAGAGGGUAACAAGGUCUUGUUUGUGUAUAUUUAUGGGAUUUGAGUUUCUGAUGGACAAUAAUCCCUGCCAGGCUUCCCAGCUGGAACGGGAGUGGGCAUAAGGCCAAGGCCAGACGCCCUCUGGGCAGGUAUAAGAGCUGGGGAGGAGCGCCUGGAGCCUGGCUGGGGCAGAGGUGCCAGCCACUGCCAGGGGACCAGGGUGCAAAGCUAAAGCUGCUUCGGACAGACUGCCAGGUGGAAGAGUUGGUUCUGGAAGUGGCUGUCUCUGGAGAGCCUGGGAGAUACGGCCUCACCAGCAGUGCUUCCUCCCCUGGGAGGUCUGAGGACUCUCACUGACAGCCGCCGGGCUCAGACAGAAUGAAAGGUCUCCGUUGGCGUUACACUCGGCUGCCCAGUCAGGUGGAAGAUGCUUUAUCUGUAGAGAAGUGUGAGGAUGAGGAAAAGGAAGAGGAAGAGGAAGAGAAGACAGCCCCAGCUCCAGCCUCAGUCUCAGCUCCUGCUCCUGAAGAUCCUGUGGAGCCCCAGCUGGCAGAAGCCAGCCAGGUUCUCGGACCCUCGGAGAUUAGGCAGCUCAGCCUCCACCUCCCCCCAAGAGUCACUGGACAUCUCUGGAGCCUGGCCUUCCGAACAUCGAGAGAUGGCUUCAGCCUGCGGAGCUUGUACAGGCAGAUGGAAGGCCGCAGCGGGCCGGUGCUGCUGGUGCUAAAGGACCAGGAUGGUCAGAUGUUCGGGGCCUUCUCCUCUUCAGCUAUUCGACUCAGCAAAAGCUUCUAUGGUACUGGAGAGACCUUCCUCUUCUCCUUCGCCCCACAGCUAAAGGUCUUUAAGUGGACAGGAAGCAAUUCUUUCUUUGUGAAAGGAGACUUGGAUUCACUGAUGAUGGGCAGUGGCAGUGGCCAAUUUGGGCUGUGGUUGGAUGAAGACUUGUAUCAUGGGGGAAGCCACCCCUGUGCAACUUUCAACAAUGAGGUGCUGGCCCGGCAGGAGCAGUUCUGCAUCAAGGAGCUGGAGGCCUGGAUCCUGAGCUGAUGUCCCCAUGGUGGGCAGCUUCCUAAAGCAACAAAUGCUCAGACCUGCUCAUGAAUGCCAUCUAGACCCUCUUUAGAGAGCGCUGCCCAUUUUCUCCAAAAUCUAGAAGACUGGCUGUGACCAUACCUCUCUGUGGCCUGGGGACCCAAGACGGGCAUGGAAGCAAAUAAUGUUCUCCUGGAGAGGUGACUCUGAAGGAGUGAAAGGUAUUCACACCUCAUCUGAGCAGCACAAAGUCCCUGAUGAAAUUUCUUUUUAUUUAUUUAUUUUUUAAAGUAAGCUUCAUGCCAGCAUAGGAUUUUGAACAAAGGACCCUGAGAUCAAGAGUCACAUGCUUCCCUGAGCAAGCCAGGCACCCCCUGAAACUUCUUUUUAGGAAUUAUACAACUAAUACAUGUUUAUUGUAGAAAAAACAAAAGACUUAAAAAAAAUUAAAAUUGCCUAAAAUUCAACCACCCCCAAAACAUUAACAUUUUCAUUUUCAUAUAUACCUUUCCAGAUAAUUUUCCACGGAGAUGUGUGUGUGUAUCUUAUAAAAAUGGGAUUCUAUUCUGUA